AUGGAGCCCAUAACCCUGGCAGUGUGUCCUGGAAAGAUGCUCAACCAACUGAGCCAUACCAGCCAGGGUGAAAAGCUCCUUUCAACAGGUAAAAUAAAACAGGGUCUUUUACCUAGCUUGGAAGAUUUGCUGUUCUACACAAUUGCAGAAGGACAAGAGAAAAUACCUGUCCAUAAAUUUAUCACAGCACUCAAAUCUACAGGAUUGCGAACUUCUGAUCCCAGGUUGAAAGAGUUUAUGGAUAUGUUAAGAUUAACUCUUCAAACAACAUCAGAUGGUGUCAUGCUAGACAAAGAUCUUUUUAAAAAAUGUGUUCAGAGCAACAUUGUUUUGUUGACGCAAGCCUUUCGAAGAAAGUUUGUCAUUCCUGACUUUAUGUCUUUUACUUCUCAUAUCGAUGAGUUGUAUGAAAGCGCUAAAAAGCAGUCUGGAGGAAAGGUUGCAGACUAUAUUCCUCAACUAGCCAAGUUCAGUCCUGAUUUGUGGGGUGUAUCGGUUUGUACAGUAGAUGGACAGAGGCAUUCUAUUGGUGAUACCAAAGUUCCAUUUUGUCUUCAGUCCUGUGUAAAACCUUUGAAAUAUGCCAUUGCGGUUAAUGACCUUGGAACAGAAUAUGUGCAUCGCUAUGUUGGGAAAGAGCCAAGUGGAUUAAGAUUCAACAAACUGUUUUUAAAUGAAGAUGAUAAGCCACAUAAUCCUAUGGUAAAUGCUGGAGCAAUUGUUGUGACUUCAUUAAUAAAGCAAGGAGUGAAUAAUGCUGAAAAAUUUGACUAUGUGAUGCAGUUUUUGAAUAAGAUGGCUGGUAAUGAAUAUGUUGGAUUCAGUAAUGCAACGUUUCAGUCUGAAAGAGAAAGUGGAGAUCGAAAUUUUGCAAUAGGAUAUUACUUAAAAGAGAAAAAGUGUUUUCCGGAAGGCACAGACAUGGUUGGUAUAUUAGACUUCUAUUUCCAGUUGUGCUCCAUUGAAGUAACGUGUGAAUCAGCUAGUGUGAUGGCUGCAACACUGGCUAAUGGCGGUUUCUGCCCAAUUACUGGUGAAAGAGUACUGAGCCCAGAAGCGGUGCGAAACACGCUGAGUUUGAUGCAUUCCUGUGGCAUGUAUGACUUCUCAGGGCAGUUUGCUUUCCAUGUUGGUCUUCCUGCAAAAUCCGGAGUUGCUGGGGGCAUUCUUUUAGUUGUCCCAAACGUCAUGGGCAUGAUGUGCUGGUCACCCCCUCUGGACAAGAUGGGCAACAGUGUGAAGGGAAUUCACUUCUGUCACGAUCUUGUUUCUCUGUGUAAUUUCCAUAACUAUGAUAAUUUGAGACACUUUGCAAAAAAACUUGAUCCUCGAAGAGAAGGUGGCGAUCAAAGGGUGAAGUCGGUGAUAAACCUCCUGUUUGCGGCCUACACGGGAGACGUGUCUGCACUUCGGAGGUUCGCCCUGUCGGCCAUGGACAUGGAGCAGCGGGACUAUGACUCCAGAACGGCCCUCCACGUGGCUGCCGCGGAGGGUCACGUUGAAGUCGUGAAAUUUUUGCUGGAAGCCUGCAAAGUCAACCCUUUCCCCAAGGACAGGUGGAACAACACGCCCAUGGAUGAGGCGCUGCACUUCGGCCACCACGACGUGUUCAAGAUCCUGCAGGAGUACCAGGGCCAGUACACGCCGCAGGGCGACGCCGACGACGGGAAGGAGAACCAGACGGUGCACAAGAACCUCGACGGCCUCUUGUAACGCCCGGAGCCCACGCAGUCACGUACCUGUGUCACGUGGACUUGAUCAUGGCGCGCGUGUCUUUCUGCCUCUAGGUGUGUCUCCUACAGCAUGGGUCGGCGCCGUGCUACCGGCAGUCUCUUCGCUGUACGCCCAGGACAAACCUGAUCUCUUGGGGACAAGAUAGAAAUAAAACCACCUCCCUCCACAAUGUGAGCACUGUCGACCUGGUGCACUGUAGAACCCGAUGUAGAAGUAGUGCCAGUGCUGGCUUCGCGUGAGGUCCUCAUGAUUCUUGUGUUUCGUGGACUUUCAGUUUUACGCAUCAAUAGAAAUUAAGCUGUUAUACAUACAGCCUGUCCACAGGGGCGAGGCUGCCUUUAGAAGCAAAAUAGUGUGAUUUCCAGGACUCCACAUAGAGACUUAGUCUGAGCGUUUGAACAACUGCCUGCACUUAUGGUUGUGUGUUGAAGAUUUCUCCCAUCCCCCUGGCUUCAUGAUGUGACUUUAAAAAUUAUCAUAGUUAACAGCUGUGAGUAGGAUAGACCAACUCUGAUCAGACUAUCAGGGCAUCUGUUCAAGAUAUGUUUGGUGACCAAAAAAGUGUGUCAAUGGAGUUCUACUUUUGGAAAUUUUUCCUUUUUCUUCGUCCCCUCUGUCCAGCCUCGGCCCUUCAGCUGGGCAAGGGGGCGUGGCAGGCCCGUCCUCAUGUUUCCGCACGUCAGAUCUGGCAUGUGAGCUGUAAGGAGCUGCCUGUCUAUAGAUGAACCAGACAAACGGAGUAUGCAUUGGCCACAUUGACCCGCCCAGAGGGGGUGUGCUACUGCGGCUCUAAGACGACAUUUCUCAGCUUCCAGGGUAACUUGAGAAGUGCUCCGAGUCCGAGGGGAACCGCUGCAGAAGCUGCACUGAGAGGUCUGUUCCCUGUGGGGUCCACCAGGUCACGCGGUUCCUUGAUUCUCUAGCGGACCCUUGGGUGCACUGCAGCGUUUUACAAGGCCAGAUCAUUUUAAAUUGAGCCCCAGCAUUUUUUGGGGAAGGAAAAAUGCACAUAUACUUUGAAGGGAUAUGUUAGUGAGAAUAUCUGAUAUUAAGUGCACACACACACACGCACGCACACGACUUCUUCGAAGCUGUUUAGUGAAAUGAGCAGAACUCUCAACCCCAGAAAAGCUAGUGGCUACAUUAAUACGGCAAAUCCCUUCUCCUUUUCUAUGGGCAACACGCUAUUUCCGAGGUUUAUGGUGCCUGACGGCCCGUUGACCCCGCUAGUGGCCUCCACGUGUUUCGAUUUUUGCUUCCGUCUAAGUUAGAGGCUCGACCCCGCCCGCUCCCUGACAGCGCGUCCUUGAGGACGUGUGGCUGUGGCCGUGGCCGUGGAGGACUGAGCCGCCAGCACGAGGCCGGCCCGUGUGUCUGUGGGAACAAGGCGGCGGGCCUCCAGCGGAGCCCGUGGAGCCAGGCAGCCGGGGAGCAGCGUUACCCCGGGCAGACCCCCACCCGACACCAGCGGGGUCCCCACUUCAGGAGCAGCGCUGUGAGCUGAGGGAGCUCUCAGACGGCUCCUGUGGCGGAAGGUUACUGAUGACCCGGACGCUUUUCUUUAAUGAAAAGAGGUUCUCGCUAUUAUUUCCGAACAAAGCCUUCCCCUUUUCCCCGAUUACGACUAUUUUGUAAAAUCUUGUGGUUUAGCUCCAUGUGCCCUUAUCUACCCAUGAGGUUAUGUGCGCUGCACACUGGCUCCUGCUGUGGCCGCUGGCUGUAGGCUGACAGUCUGAGUACCUUUGGUUUAAAUGCUUUAGGCUGUGCUGCUAAUGGAUGCCACCUGUAUACUCCAAAGAUCUCUGUGUUUAGGCUCCUCUGCCCAGGGGAGCACUCUGGUGACGUUUACUCAAGCUUUGUACUCACUGCUGUUUGCUCUCUGGGCUCUGUGUUCUCAUCACGGGUGCAAUGUGCUGCCCCCCGCACGCUCCAGAACUGGGGCGCUGUUGUCUGUCUGGCCGGGCCUGGGUGACCGCCUGUUGGGUUUAGACUCUUCCUGGGGAUUGUUCAGCUAUGAAUGUAUUUGCCGCCAGAACCUCCCACAGUGAACUAAUCGUAACUGUUCAGUUGUAAGUAUUCUGAAGUCGGGAAAUAUUUAUUUUAAGUGAAAUCGGGUAGUGUUGCUUUCCACAUCGUAAUAAACACAUGUAUAAAAAAACGUAUGACAAUGAAAUUUUUAAAAAAACAGCCACGGGGUCUCUGCCAGCCCUGUGGUGGGCAUGCCCUGGGCAAGGCCGCGCUUGGCUGGGUCGGAUCCAUUCCUGAUGCCCGCGGAGAGCCAGGCGCUGGGCAAGGUGUCAGGGGCGGGCACCGUGGUGGUGAAGGUGAGAGCCCUGUGUGGACUCCAUCUCUGAAAGCGAGAGGGUGGGGGGCUGGGGCAGUCUUCCUGUCUCACCUGCUGACAUGACAGUGAAGUGAGUAAAUCUGCAGUCGCAGACCAGGUGGUACACAAGUAGCUCAGGAAUGUGUGAGGCGGCACUGAAACCAAAGGCGGGGCGGGGGCUGUUACAGUUGAUGGACAGGACGGGGUUCAGGAGGAGACGGGAAGGCAGGUGUGUGUUCAGAUGGGAAGGUGGGAGAAUUCAGUCAGCUAUUAAAAGGGGCAAAGACUGGGUGUUUCGAUUCUGUUCCGGAGCCUGAGCCCCGGCCUCCGUGUGCCCCCACCCCCACCCCCAGGGGUGAGUGAGGCCGCUAGGAAGUGAGUCCAACAAACAGUCAUGGAGCAAGAGCGGCUCAAGGCGCUUCCCUCUGGGACAAGAAAUGGGAGAGGCUGUGAGCAGACACCACACCGGGCGCAGAGGGCGCAGCGGGUCGACCCAGAGCUUAGCUGGUGUGACGGCAGGUGUGUGAGCGCGCUCUGUGCAGGUGCCUGAGCACCUUUAUACACUUUGUGCACCCAUUUAACCCUAAUAAACGUGUUUAAGCUGCU